AGAGGUGCCAACCUUGUGUUUUCUCGUUACACCGUGCCCGAAUUAAUAGGAAGAUUAUUGGAACGGAUCAUGUGAGGCACCUCGUUUUCAUAAGGAACGUGGGGUAAGGUAAUACAAAAGAAAAACUUAAACGCGCAAUGGCAAACCAACCGAGGAGGAUAAACCAGAUACAUGCAUCUGUUUUAUUUGAAGCUUAAUUGUAAGUGAGCUAUGCAGUCAUAGCCCGCCUUAUGGCAUGCGUUAUGCGAAUGAUGCGAAUUGUUAUUGCUCGACAUUUGUACAUGGUAAACUGGCUGUUUUUAAAGCUUAGCCCAGUGAAAAGGGAUAGGCUAUAGGCUACGUAUAUGUGGCCAUUCAGCCAGAGGAAGACCCAUGGACAAAUAUUUGACAUGGAAAUAUAAACUUUCUCCUUCAUGUUUCAUAUCAUUUGAAAAUCUUGACAAUUGAAAGUAUGGGAAGUAACAAGGCGGGGACCAGCCAACAGAAUAUCUGAAGAAAAAUACAAUCAUUUUUAUUUUUGAAUGUUUGUUGAAUAUUCUCUUGAACAUUACACACACCGAAAGGAACUCGUGGCUGGAACAACUGUGUGUUGUGAUGCUUUUUCUCUAUCUUUUAUCUAGUCUAAGUUUUGAUUUUUUCAGUAAGAUCUGUGCGAUUGUAGAAUGGCUCGAUUCGAAGAGGAACUAUCCAACCGGCGUGGAGGGGUCUGUCAAGCUGGCCCACCAAGGGGGGCUGGUCGGCCAGCAGGCCCCCCAAGCGGCCCUAGGGUGUACAAACAAUCAAUGGCCCAAAGAGCCAGGACAAUGGCCAUUUACAACCCCAUCCCUGUCAAGCAGAGCUGUCUUACUGUCAACCGGUCUCUCUUCAUCUUUAGUGAGGAUUGUAUCAUACGGAAAUAUGCCAAAAAGAUUACAGAAUGGCCUCCAUUUGAAUACCUGAUCCUGGCCACCAUUAUAGCCAACUGCAUCGUCCUUGCCUUGGAGCAGCACCUACCAGCCGGCGACAAGACCCCCAUGUCAGAGCGCUUGGACGACACAGAGCCCUAUUUUAUUGGAAUAUUUUGUUUUGAAGCUGGCAUUAAGAUCAUCGCCCUUGGCUUUGCGUUUCACAAAGGCUCCUAUCUCCGGAAUGGCUGGAAUGUAAUGGACUUUGUGGUGGUGCUAACAGGGAUGCUGGCUACAGUGGGAGCAGACUUUGACUUGAGAACUCUGAGGGCAGUACGGGUCCUGAGGCCACUGAAACUGGUGUCUGGAAUCCCUAGUCUUCAGGUGGUUCUGAAGUCCAUCAUGAAAGCCAUGGUGCCUCUGCUGCAGAUCGGUAUGCUGCUCUUCUUUGCUAUCCUCAUGUUCGCCAUCAUCGGCCUGGACUUUUACAUGGGCAAGUUCCACCGGACCUGCUUCAGUACUGAUACAGGUGAGCAGGCAGCAGAGUUCCCCUGUGGUAUGGAGGCUCCAGCGAGGACCUGUGAGAAUGGCACUGUGUGUCAGGAAUACUGGAUCGGCCCCAACUACGGCAUCACCAACUUCGACAACAUCCUCUUUGCUAUUCUGACUGUCUUCCAGUGCAUCACCAUGGAGGGAUGGGUGGACAUCCUCUAUAAUGCCAACGAUGCCUCAGGCAACACCUGGAACUGGCUCUACUUCAUCCCCCUCAUCAUCAUCGGAUCCUUCUUCAUGCUCAAUCUGGUCCUGGGAGUCCUGUCUGGGGAGUUUGCCAAGGAGCGUGAGCGUGUGGAGAAGAGGCAGGAGUUUCUGAAGCUUCGCAGGCAGCAGCAGAUCGAGAGGGAGCUGACUGGAUACCUGGAGUGGAUAUGCAAGGCAGAGGAAGUGAUGCUGGCGGAGGAGGACAAGCACGCUGAAGAGAAGUCCCCUCUGGAUGGAGCGUGGUACAAAAGGAAACACAAUAACCCAGUGUUGAAAAGGGCAAAGAAGAGCAAGAAUGACCUGAUCAAUGCUGAAGAGGGCGAGGACCACUUCACUGACAUCUCAUCUGUUGUUCCUCCAGGGUCUCCGUUCGCCCGGGCCAGCCUGAAGAGCAGCAAGAACGGCAGUGCCUCCUACUUCCGGAGGAAAGAGAAGCGGCUCCGCUUCACCAUCAGACACCUGGUCAAGGCUCAGAGCUUCUACUGGACAGUGCUGUGUCUGGUGGGCCUCAACACACUGUGUGUGGCCAUCGUCCAUUACGACCAGCCUGAGUGGCUCACAUAUGCACUGUAUUUGGCAGAGUUUGUAUUCCUGGGCUUGUUUCUGACUGAGAUGUCCAUGAAAAUGUAUGGACUAGGACCCAUGAGCUACUUCCAUUCGUCUUUCAACUGUUUUGACUUCGGAGUGAUUAUAGGCAGUAUUUUUGAGGUGAUCUGGGCAGUUGUGAAACCUGGGGCCUCCUUCGGCAUCAGCGUCCUGAGAGCUCUCCGUCUGCUCAGGAUUUUCAAAGUCACUAAGUACUGGAACUCUCUGAGGAACCUGGUGGUCUCUCUACUCAACUCCAUGAAGUCCAUCAUCAGCUUGCUGUUCCUCCUCUUCCUCUUCAUUGUGGUAUUCGCCCUACUGGGCAUGCAGCUCUUUGGGGGACUGUUUAAUUUUGACGAGGAGACGCCAACAACCAACUUUGACACCUUUCCAGCAGCCAUUCUCACAGUUUUCCAGAUUCUGACAGGAGAGGACUGGAAUGCGGUGAUGUACCAUGGGAUAGAGUCCCAGGGGGGCGUGCGCCGGGGAAUGUUCUCCUCCAUCUACUUCAUUGUUCUCACCCUGUUUGGAAACUACACUCUCCUCAAUGUCUUCUUGGCCAUCGCUGUUGACAACCUUGCAAACGCACAGGAGCUCACUAAGGAUGAGGAAGAGCAGGAGGUGGCCAUCACCAAGAAGAUGGCCCUCCAGAAGGCCAAGGAGGUCAAGGAGGUCAGCCCCAUGUCGGCCGCAAACAUCUCCAUCACAGCUUUUGUAAAGCAAAGUCAAGGUGCACUCUCUAGCAGCUCGUCCGUCUGCAGCGUUAAUUCACUUAAGGAGCAGCAGAAGUCUCUGAAGAUGAUGUCAGUGUGGGAGCAGCGAACCACUCAGCUGAGGAGACACAACCUGCGGGCCAGCAGUGAGGCCCUGUACAGUGAGCUGGACCCUGAGGAGAGGCUUCGUAUGUCCUCUGCCCUGCACAUCCGCCCUGACAUGAAGACCCACCUGGACCGGCCCCUGGUGGUGGAACCCCACGACGGCCCCGGCCCUAUGGGCCAACACAAGCCCCGGACCCCUGAGGAGACGGAUACCCCUGAGGACCCGGCCGGCCCCCAGCCACGCAGGCACCACCGCCACCGGGACAGGGAGAGACCCAUCGACGAGGCCAAUGAGAAUGGCAAUCCAGGCAAAGAGGGUAGGCACCAUGUCCACCACAGUCGUAGCAAGGACGCAGAAGGCACCCGGGGCAAGGAGGGGAAGAGUGAGCGGUCGCGCAGCCGAGAGGGGGGCAAGAGGCACCACCACCAGACCUUAGUGGACGAGGGAGGAGGAGGGGGGACGGGGGAGAGAGAGCACCGCCACCACCACUCCCACAGACAGGCCAGAGAGGGCAACGGCACUGUCAACAGCGGAGGCAAGGGCGAGCGCAGGUCACGCCACAAAGAUGGCCGCUCGGGAGAGAGGUGCUCCAGGGGAGAGAACGGAGCCAAUGGGGAGAGGAGGAGACACAAGACCCACGGCUCAAGGGGCCAGUCCACACUGGAGGGAGAGGACCACAGUGAGAGAGAGAAGGGGAGGGGCCACAGGGACAGAUAUGUGGAGUCUGAGGGCGACUCCCUGGCCAUCAGCCCCCAGCAGGACCCUGGAGAUCAGAGGUGGGGUACAGAGGGACCUGAAGACUCAGACAACCAGAGGAACGUCAGACGGACUGGACAGACGGCCGUCAACAUCCCCCCUGUCACCAUCACCCCCCCACCCGGGGAGACUACCCUUAUACCCAUGAACAGUAUGGACUGUGAAACCAUGCCUAUGAACGAGGAGAAGAAGACCCUGGAGGAGCGGACUCAGAGUGGACCCAGACCCAUCCUGCCUUACAGCUCCAUGUUUGUGUUUGGCCAGGCCAACGUGGUGCGGCGUCUGUGUCAUUAUAUUGUCAGCCUGCGGUACUUUGAGAUGUGUAUCCUGGUAGUGAUAUCCAUGAGUAGCAUUGCAUUGGCUGCAGAGGACCCUGUCCAGGCCAACGCUCCGCGCAACAAUGUGCUCAAGUAUCUGGACUACGUCUUCACGGGGGUUUUCACAUUUGAGAUGGUGAUUAAGAUGGUUGACCUGGGCCUCCUGCUCCAUCCUGGUUCUUACUUCAGAGAUCUCUGGAACAUUCUGGACUUCAUUGUGGUCAGUGGCGCACUGGUGGCAUUUGCAUUUUCGAGCUUCAUGGGAGGGUCCAAAGGAAAGGACAUCAGCACCAUCAAGUCCCUCAGAGUUCUGCGAGUCUUACGGCCCCUCAAGACCAUCAAACGCCUACCCAAGCUGAAGGCUGUGUUUGACUGUGUGGUCAACUCCCUGAAGAACGUGUUCAACAUCCUCAUAGUCUACAUGCUCUUCAUGUUCAUCUUCGCUGUCAUCGCCGUGCAGCUGUUCAAGGGCAAGUUCUUCUACUGCACCGAUGAGUCCAAGAGCCUGGAGAAAGACUGCAGAGGUAAUUUCCUGGACUAUGAUAAAGAUGAGGUGGCCGCCCAGCCUCGGGUGUGGAAGAAGUAUGAGUUCCACUAUGACAACGUGCUUUGGGCCUUCCUCACUCUCUUCACUGUGUCCACCGGAGAGGGCUGGCCUGAUGUUCUGAAGCACUCUGUGGAUGCUACCUUUGAGGACCAGGGUCCCAGUCCAGGCUACCGUAUAGAGAUCUCCAUCUUCUACGUGGUCUACUUUGUGGUCUUUCCCUUCUUCUUCGUCAACAUCUUUGUGGCCUUGAUCAUCAUUACCUUCCAGGAGCAGGGAGACAAGGCCAUGUCAGAGUGCAGCCUGGAGAAAAACGAGAGAGCCUGCAUUGACUUUGCCAUCAACGCCAAGCAAAUGACACGUUACAUGCCAGAGAACGUGCAGUCCUUCCAGUACCGGAUGUGGAAGUUUGUGGUGUCACCUCCGUUUGAGUACUCCAUUAUGAUCAUGAUCGCCCUGAACACCGUGGUGCUCAUGAUGAAGUUCCAUGGAGCUCCAGACUUCUACGAGGCCAUGUUGAAGCACUUCAACAUCGUCUUCACUGCCCUCUUCUCUCUGGAAUGCAUUCUGAAGAUCAUUGCCUUCGGUCCGCUGAAUUACCUGAAGGAUGCCUGGAACGUGUUUGACUUUGUGACAGUGCUGGGAAGUAUAACUGACAUUGUGGUCACAGAAAUCAAUGUAAGUUAAGAGUCCAGCGCAGCACAAACCGACCGGCUGUUGAAUCUGAGUUUUCUGAGGCUGUUCAGAGCAGCUCGUCUCAUCAAGCUGCUGAGGCAGGGAUACACCAUCCGUAUUCUGCUGUGGACCUUUGUCCAGUCCUUCAAGGCCCUGCCAUAUGUUUGCCUUCUGAUAGCGAUGCUGUUCUUCAUCUAUGCCAUCAUUGGUAUGCAGGUGUUUGGAAACAUUGAGCUCAACGAGGACACAGCCAUCACUCACCACAACAACUUCCGCACUUUUCUUCAGGCCCUCAUGCUGCUGUUCAGGAGUGCCACAGGGGAGGCGUGGCAUGAGAUCAUGCUGUCGUGUUUGAGUCACAGAGCAUGUGAUGAGAGGUCAGGCAACCUGGGGAAGGAGUGUGGCAGUGACUUCGCCUACUUCUACUUUGUCUCCUUCAUCUUCCUCUGCUCUUUCCUGAUGCUCAAUCUGUUUGUGGCUGUCAUCAUGGAUAACUUUGAGUACCUGACUCGAGACUCGUCUAUACUGGGGCCUCAUCAUCUGGAUGAGUUCAUCCGUGUUUGGGCUGAGUACGACCCUGCUGCCUGCGGACGGAUUCGCUAUAACGAUAUGUACAACUUGUUACGAAUUAUCUCACCCCCUCUUGGCUUAGGGAAGAACUGCCCUAAUAGGGUAGCGUACAAGCGGCUAGUCAAGAUGAACAUGCCCAUCGCUGAUGACAACACAGUCCACUUUACCUCCACUCUCAUGGCCCUGAUCCGCACGGCCCUGGAGAUCAAACUGUCCUCAGGGAUGGUUGCCCAGCGUCUUUCUGAUGCUGAACUGAAGAAAGAGCUCUCUACAGUUUGGCCAAGCCUUUCACAGAAGACUAUGGAUCUGUUGGUUACACCACACAAACCCAAUGAGCUUACUGUUGGGAAGGUGUAUGCAGCCCUGAUGAUCUUUGACUACUACAAGCAGAACCGAGCCAAGAGGCUCAAGGAGCAGCAACAGCAGCAACAGCAACAGAAUGCUGCCGGCUCCCAGGGUAAGGUGGGGGCUCUGUUUAAACCAAUACUGCCCCUGACUUACAAGCAGGAGAAAGAGAAGGAGAAGGCCAUCAACAACAUGGAGCCUCCCUGUGAACUACUUCCUCAGCCCCAGCCUCAGGCCCUACCUAGACCCAGCUCCACCCUGCUCAACACCAUGGAGCCUCCCUGUGAACUACUUCCUCAGCCUCAGGCCCUACCUAGACCCAGCUCCACCCUGCUCAACAACGGAGGCACACUGCCAGGCCAUGAUGGCACCAUGAAAGGAUCAUCCUCCUGGGUGUCAGAGAAGUCUAGAGAGAUCCACAGACCCAGGAAUAAGACACCUAUCCAAAGGGGCCAGUCUGAAGAUGUCCCAAACACAACCCUUCCCCAGGAGUCAGUGGAGAUGAGGAAGGUGGACACCAGUGACAGCACAGUGCCUGGUCCUGGGUCUGGACUGGAGAGCCAGGGGAGGGCUGUAUCCAUGCCCCGCCUCAACGCAGAGCUACAGAGGAGCCAGUCACGCCACUCCCCGGGGACCCUCCUGGCCCCUGUUCCUGACUGCAGCCCGAUGAAGCGCUCUGCGUCCACCCAUGCCCCACAGCGCCCCCAAGAGGCGAACCUGCGUGACUACACCCUGGAGACGCCCAGCAUCCAGGAAAGGCCUCACCACCACCACCACCACCGCUGCCACCACCGUAGAGAGAGGGACAAGAAGCAGCGGUCACUCGACAGGACGCCAAGCACCGCUGGUACACCAGGAGACCCGGCUGCAGAGCCCUCGUCUAGAGACAGGGUGCAGGACCGCGGCCGCUCCCAUGAGAGGAAGAACCACUCGACGGCAGGGGAGAAGCAGCGCUACUACUCCUGCGAUCGCUACGGCAGCAGGGAACACUGCCACACCACCAAGUCUGCCACCACCAGCUGUGCCACCUCCCCCAGCGAGGUGCAGGACCCCAGCAUCAACAAGCAGGGUAGUGGUUCGGUUAAAUGCAGCCCAGUGAUGAUGACCUCAGGGGCUAGCACACCCAGCCGUGGACGCAGGCAGCUACCCCAGACCCUGACCCCCCGCCCCGGGGUGGCCUACAAGACUGCCAACUCCUCCCCUGUGCACUUUGUGUCUGCCCAGUGUAGCAGUGGCCUGCCCACCCUGAGUCCUGGCCGGCUGAGCCGCGGGCUGUCUGAGCACAACGCCCUGCUGCACAGUGGCUCCUCCCACAUCCCCUCCCCUGUCACCCGCAUCAGCUCUGAGCCCUUCCUGGGUUACAGUCACAGGGAAGCCCAGGGCCAGGGCAGUCUGUACUGCAGCCUCCGGGACGAGCUGCUGAGCCCCUAUGCUGCCAGAGCACGCUCACCUCGGACCGCACUGCCUCAGAUGGGGCCGGGGCCCCUCCACCUGCCUCCGCCACCCCAGCAGAGCCAUGCGGUGCCCAACGGAUACCACUUCACCUUUGGUGGUAUUGGCAACGCCAGCCCGGAGUCUGGCUCUGGCGCCAGGGCACCCAGGUACUACCACGAGGCAGAUGAGGAUGAAUGGUGCUAGCAUGGCUUUGAACAGAUGUUUUUAUUGCAUUUUCUUAGGAAUCGUGAUGAGUUUUAUCAUCUUUUUUUGAAGGAUUUAGUUUACACUGUUGCUGUAUGUAAAGCUAAUGGGAGCCAAGGAAGGGUUGGGAUUCAUUUGAAUGUGAACAAAGCAGCACCGUUUUUAGGAACUGGAUGAAAAUGAAAUUGGAUGUGGAUUCGGUGAAUUGUUGGUAAUUGAGUUUGAUCCCACUUCGUCUUAUGCACUGAAGACAGUGGCAUGUUUAAUUGAGGGCACUUUUGCUUUGAUUCUUUAUCAAACUGAAUUACUUUGAGAACAUCCAACUUUAAAAAAAAAAUGCUUUAACUAGUCUUGAUAGUGACCCAAAUAGUGACAUAAGAAACUCUACUACAGUUACUCACAAUAGAGAUGGGCGAGCAGCAGGCCUCUUUGCUAACUCUGUGAUGAGCAGGGGGACACCCAUGUAUUGUUUAGUAUCUGUAACAACACGCGAUAAGGAAGGAGUCCGAGAGAUUUAUUCAAACUUCCCUAAGAAAGGCACUUGAAAGUAAAACUGCACAACAGCUAUUCUACUUUGCUUUGGGACUCUUACCAUUCCACUAUAUAAAGGGAUUUACAGUAGCCUAGCCCUUUAUAUGACAUUCCCUUUCUGUCAGAAGAUACAGCCUGAUCGAAUAGAGGGAUCGAUGUUGUCAUUACAGACAGUGAUUGUCGAAUUGUUACUGUUUACCGUUGCAAAUUUCACUACUACUACUUCAGAGAAAUGAGGAGAGGAAAUGAAAUGUGAUUGGUUUUAUAUACAACUAUGGUAUAUGUUAUCUUUUCAUUGUGUGCAUAUUUUGUAUCUUGUAAAAACAACUUUGUUUAUGUAAAUUGCUUCAAGUUUGCCAUCAUUUCAGGUUGAAUGUUUCUUACAGACGGUCUGCUUCAGAUGUUUAAAACAAAGUGCCUAUCCUUUUAGACAUGCUGUAGUAAAGAUGCAAAGUCAAACCCGUUUCUGUAAAGCAUCAACACUUAAGUAGUUAUUUGGUAGUUCUGCAGGAGAGCAAGAUGUACAGAAAGCCUUAUCUGAGAAACAACAACUUUUCUUCAAGAAAAAGAAAUGCUUUUUAAUGUACACUAUUAAUUAACCUAUGAUUGCUGAUCAUUUUCACGUGUGAUAUUCCUUUUGCUAAAUAUAUUUCAUCAAUUUGAGUGGGGAUGACGAAGGUUGGGGCAAAAUCGUCGUAUGAACACUUAACAAACAUGAAAACUGCAUUAGUAGCAUAUAAAUCCAGUUAGGAAGACAAAAUCAGAGUAACACUGCAUGUGUAAAUCAUAAACCUGGUCCACAACACUUAUGAAGAUGUAGUGGUGUAUAGUCACUUUCCUGGUGAGGUUAGUCAACUGCGAAAGCAUCGCAAGCUACCAUCUGUUUCAAUGCUAUAACUGCAGAGUUAGUAUAGAACAUAAGGAAUCUGAUGAGAAACAAACAGGGUGCACUUUUUGGAUGGAUGUGCUUGAGAAGCAGAGAUAGAUGCAGAUCCCUAAUGAGUGUAUACUCUGAGUCGAGCCCCUGGCACCAGCACACUGUACCCCCCUGUGUCUCCCCAUUGGCUCAGACCCGUCUAUGUUAAGGUUUUAGCCCGUCUGAUAUAGCAUAAAUAUGGUUCACACUUUCUAGCGUUCUAUCUACCCAGCCAUGGUAACAGAUAAUGUUGAUGGUUCACAUCUGCUUCAGAUAAUAUAUAUGGAUAUUAAUACAAUAUAAUUAAAAAAAAAACGUGUUUCCCUGGGAUGGAUGAUCUAGUGCUUGGAAGAGUUUUGGUUCUUUUCUAUUCUACAUUGGUAGUGGAAUGUGGCACGGUGUGCUGUUUAAGGAAUGCUCUACUCCAGCAAAAGUGUUGCUCAAUUACUGAUAGUAUUGGAGACACAGUAGGCGGGGCCAGGUGUUGCAAUGUCUGCACACUCGUCAGGGUUCUGUACUGCAUAUUUCCCAGAAGCAGGGUUUUGAUGACAGAGAAAGUAGGGCUAUGCAACAAGAGGACACUACGGUCAUAUACUUCAUCCAUAUUGUAGCUUUACAUGCGGAGAUCUCCAGAUUCAUACUACAGCAUGAUUGUGACCAAAUCUUUAUAAAAAAACAAAAAAACGUUUUCAAACAUGUAUAAAACAUAUAUUUUAAAAUGCGUACGGCACAACGAGUUGAAGCAGAAAUGAAGAGGAUAUUUAGAAAUACAGCAACUUUAUAUAUUUGCAUGCAUACAAUUUACCCACGUUGACGAUGUCAAAAGGAAAAACUUGUCUUAAAAAGUAAGUAAACAAUGUCAUACUAAUGGUCAUCUGUUCCAUGUUAGG